UAAUAUGGGCUGUAUACUGUAUUCGCUAGGAUGGAAAGCCUCCCUCUCGUGAUCAUCCCUUCUGACCAGUGCAAUAUGUAAACAAAAGUAGAACAAGUGCCCGUUUACUCCAUUGAUUCUCACAUCGUAAACAGGUACACUGCUUUGACAGAGGUCUUUCUUACAGUCCCUGGUGUCACUAAGCAUUCCAACUACAGCCCACCAACAAUUGAUUGCUGUGUGUGUUUCCAAGAAUCUGCAGAGACAAACAUUCAUCAGACAAGCUGUUUAGCAGGAGAGGACUAUUAGAAUAGAUCAAAUAGCAACACAUUAGCACAGUACCAGUGUAGAAGCGUCAACUACAGAGGAUCGAUCACUCCCGGUACUGACGGGAGGGAGUUUGAAAAGGGGCGUGGCCACGUUGUAUGUCAGAGUAACGGGCAGUGUGCAAACUCCGCACCAGUCUAUAUAGUUGGUCGUACGCACUACAUUGAUCGGAGUCGUGUGUCGUGUACCUUGUUUAUUUACUUCCCAUCCACCCGUGGUUUUGGUUCUACUGUAAAGCCCACCUGUAACUGGUGCCACGCAUCAUUGGAUAUGACAACUCGCAUCUCAUUGGUUAAAUGUGAUUAAAACGUGUAUCUUUGGCAACCAUCACGCGCAUUAUUGCAUUAAGUGUUUGGCAAGGUGUAGUAAGGCCGACUAAACACCAGGAGGGAAGGCGUGUAUACCGGGGAAGGAAUUCUCUCUAGAUGAGAUUUGGUUUGGUUGUAUUUCCUCCAUUGGGGUAAAACGCCUGCUAGCAGAGGGAACUAGCUGGCUACACGGACUGUAUUGAUCAGCUCCGAGAAAUGCUGUUGUUCACUUAGAUGACAGUGGAGCGGGUGUACGGCUGAGACUGCUGGCCAGAUCGUGUCGAUUUAAAUUGGAAAACAAGACACACACGUAGCACAACAAUAUUAGGACGGCGACCAGGAGGGUAUGACAACAAGGUGCGUGUGAACAUUACGUUAUAGUCUGGGGCAUGGAUUUUUAAUUUGGACGUUAGAGCUCUUCUACCGGAACACAUACAUAAUCUGAGGCAAUGUCGGAAAAUGUUGAUAACGCUGAGUGUGAAGAAUUCCCUGAGAUUGUGGAGCUGAACGUUGGUGGUGUAUUUUACACGUCAACCUUGCGGACUCUGAAACAGGAAUCGGACUCGCUGUUAGGACAGACAUUUAAUGGCACGGCUGCUCUCAAACUUAUCAAGGAUUCCAAGGGGAAGUAUUUCCUAGACAGGGAUGGCGUUCUGUUCCGCUACAUACUCGACUAUCUGAGGAAUAACAAAUUGGUUCUACCAGAGAAUUUCCACGAGAAAGAGCGUCUAAAACAGGAGGCCGAGUAUUUCCAGCUACCCGGUCUCGUCAAAUCACUAUGUUCUCUCAUAGCGACAGCGCCGAAAGUCGGACCGAUGUCGCAAUCCAAAAUCCCUCCUAUAACAAAUAGUAAUUCCCUGGGCUCCGUGACGUCAAGGCCAGGAUGUAUUACUGUCGGUUAUAGGGGCACGUUCGCGUUUGGACGUGACGGUUUGGCGGACGUCAAAUUCAGGAAAAUAAGCCGUAUCAUUGUCUGUGGUAAGGUAUCGCUGUGUCGUGAGGUUUUCAAGGACACACUGAAUGAGAGUAGGGAUCCCGAUCGUGGUGUUUCCGAUCGCUACACUGUCAGGUUUUUUCUGAAACACAACUUCUUAGAGCAAGCUUUUGACAUGUUGUAUGAGGAAGGAUUCUCCCUUAGUAGCUGCUGCGCCUCGGGAACUAACAACGCCGGUGAAAUCAAAGCUGGAAUGGACACAGAAGAAGCUAAAUGGCAACAUUACAAUGAGUUUAUUUUCUCCCGGAAGUAGCAAAAAUACAGAUGUGGAUAUUUAUACUAUAUUUUAGUGUUUGUAGAACAGAUGUUACAAUUGUUUAUUGAACUUUGGUGACGACGAGUUUCGUUAGAGAGGAGUUUUGGACAUUGAUGACAAUAUGUGCUUCGUUCAAGAGAAAUAUUUUACGGUUGAAUUGAAAUGAGCAUGAGUAUUGUAAUAUCAGACAUGCUGUUAAUCUCGCUAAAACAUUCGGAGAAUUAAAAGUGAGUGACAGAAAAAUCGUGCUGGAAUAUAUCGAAUAUUGAAAGUUUGUGAUGAACAGAGGAAAUUCUGGGUGGAUUUGAACCACUAAGUUUGUAGGAUAUCUAGCGUACAGGUAAACAUUCCAUCAUUCUAAGCUUGUGUUGUUGGCGACAGAUCGUAGAGUCGACAUAGUUAUGCUCUUUUAAUAAGUCAUGCAAGAGACCAAACGUUGUCUUUCAUAUUUGUUUUCAUCGUUUUCAUUGUACAAGUAGAACAGCCAUGCGAUGUUUUCAGAGUAUUACAUUAUUUUAUUUUAAGACGUAAAAGAAACACAGCGAAGUAGAUAUGACAUUUUCAUUACAAUCGUCGCUUACUGCAAGACAACCAUGUUUUACUGUUAUUUAAACCGGAUUUCCAUAAAAAAAGUUUCAAUCAUAACUCAACUUCCUCAUGUGUAUCUAUCAACGAUAUACAGCAUUUACCACUGGAAGGUUAGCGUGACAUACCAUAGGAUUAUAGGCCAGCUAUAUGAUACUGAAAGGUUAGCGUGAAAUACCAUAGGUUAUAGGCCAGCUAAAUGUUACUGGAAGGUUAGCGUGACAUACCAUAGGUUAUAGGCCAGCUAUAUGUUACUGGAAGGUUAGCGUGAAAUACCAUAGGAUUAUAGGCCAGGUAUAUGUUACUGGAAGGUUGACAUUCAAUACUAUAGGAUUAUAGGCCAGCUAUAUGUUACUGGAAGGUUGACAUUCAAUACUAUAGGAUUAUAGGCCAGCUAUAUGUUACUGGAAGGUUAACGUUCAAUAAUGUAGGAUUAUAGGCCAGCUAUAUCAAUACUAUAGGAUUAUAGGCCAGCUAUAUGUUACUGGAAGGUUAACGUGAAAUACUAUAGGAUUAUAGGCCAGUUAUAUGUUACUGGAAGGUUGACAUUCAAUACUGUAGGAUUAUAGGCCAGUUAUAUGUUACUGGAAGGUUAACGUGAAAUACUAUAGGAUUAUAGGCCAGUUAUAUGUUACUGGAAGGUUAGCGUGAAAUACCAUAGGAUUAUAGGCCAGCUAUAUGUUACUGGAAGGUUAGCGUGAAAUACCAUAGGUUAUAGGCCAGCUAUAUGUUACUGGAAGGUUAGCGUGAAAUACCAUAGGUUAUAGGCCAGCUAUAUGAUACUGAAAGGUUAGCGUGAAAUACCAUAGGAUUAUAGGCCAGCUAUAUGUUACUGGAAGGUUGAUAUUCAAUACUGUAGGAUUAUAGGCCAGCUAUAUGUUACUGGAAGGUUGACAUUCAAUACUAUAGGAUUAUAGGCCAGCUAUAUGUUACUGGAAGGUUGGCAUUCAAUACUUUAGGACUUAAGGACAGCAAUAUGUUACUGGAAGGUUGACAUUCAAUACUGUAGGAUUAUAGGCCAGCUAUAUGAAUACUAUAGGAUUAUAGGCCAGCUAUAUCAAUACUAUAGGAUUAUAGACCAGCUAUAUGUUACUGGAAGGUUAACGUUCAAUACUAUAGGAUUAUAGGCCAGCAAUAUGUUACUGGAAGGUUAGCGUGAAAUACUAUAGGUUAUAGGCCAGCUAUAUGUUACUGGAAGGUUAGCGUGAAAUACUAUAGGUUAAAGGCCAGCUAUAUGUUACUGGAAGGUUAGCGUGAAAUACCAUAGGUUUUAGGCCAGUUAUAUGUCACUGGAAGGUUGACAUUCAAUACUGUAGGAUUAUAGGCCAGCUAUAUGGUACUGGAAUGUUAGCGUGAAAUACCAUAGGUUAAAUGCCAGCUAUAUGUUACUGGAAGGUUAGCGUAAAAUACUAUAGGUUAAAUGCCAGCUAUAUGUUACUGGAAGGUUAGCGUGAAAUACCAUAGGUUAUAGGCCAGUUAUAUGUUACUGGAAGGUUAGCGUGAAAUACCAUAGGUUAUAGGCCAGUUAUAUGUUACUGGAAGGUUAGCGUGAAAUACCAUAGGUUAUAGGCCAGCUAUAUGUUUCUGAAAGGUUAACGUUCAAUACUAUAAGAUUAUAGGCCAGCUAUAUGUUACUGGAAGGUUAGCGUGAAAUACCAUAGGAUUAUAGACCAGUUAUAUGUUACUGGAAGGUUAGCGUGAAAUACCAUAGGAUUAUAGACCAGCUAUAUGUUACUGGAAGGUUAGCGUGAAAUACCAUAGGAUUAUAGACCAGUUAUAUGUUACUGGAAGGUUAGCGUGAAAUACCAUAGGAUUAUAGACCAGCUAUAUGUUACUGGAAGGUUAGCGUGAAAUACCAUAGGAUUAUAGACCAGUUAUAUGUUACUGGAAGGUUGACAUUCAAUACUGUAGGAUUAUAGGCCAGUUAUAUGUUACUGGAAGGUUAACGUUCAAUACUAUAGGAUUAUAGGCCAGCAAUAUGUUACUGGAAGGUUAGCGUGAAAUACCAUAGGAUUAUAGGCCAGCUAUAUGUUACUGGAAGGUUGACAUUCAAUACUGUGGGAUUAUAGGCCAGCUAUAUGUUACUGGAAGGUUGACAUUCAAUACUGUAGGAUUAUAGGCCAGUUAUAUGUUACUGGAAGGUUUACAUUCAAUACUGUAGGAUUAUAGGCCAGCUAUAUGUUACUGGAAGGUUAACGUUCAAUACUUUAGGAUUGAAGUCCAGCUAUAUGUUACUGGAAGGUUGACAUUCAAUACUGUAGGAUUAUAGUCCAGCUAUAUGAAUACCAUAGGAUUAUAGUCCAGCUAUAUGUUACUGGAAGGUUUGCGUGAAAUACCAUAGGAUUAUAGUCCAGCUAUAUGUUACUGGAAGGUUUGCGUGAAAUACCAUAGGAUUAUAGACCAGUUAUACAAUACUGGAUGGUAGCGUUGGAUACUGUAGGAUUAUAGGCCGGCUAAACAAUACUGGGAGGGUAACGUUGGAUACUGUAGGUCUAUAGGCUAGUUAUACAAUACUUGGAGGGUAACGUUGGAUACUGUAGGUCUAUAGGCUAGUUAUACAAUACUUGGAGGGUAACGUUGGAUACUGUAGGUCUAUAGGCUAGUUAUACCAUACUGGGAGGUUACGUUGGAUACUGUAGGACUAUAGACCAGCUAUACAAUACUGGAUGAUAACGUUGGAUACUGUAGGACUAUAGGCUAGUUAUACAAUACUGGGAGGGUAACGUUUGAUACUGUAGGACUAUAGGCCGGCUAUACAAUACUUGGAGGGUAACGUUGGAUACUGUAGGACUAUAUGCUAGUUAUACAAUACUGGAUGAUAACGUUGGAUACUGUAGGUCUAAGACCAGUUAUAAAAUGCUGGGGGGGGGGGGGGGGGGGGGGGGAUGACUCGAGGCUAUAUAUUUUGUGGAAUGUUAAGAUUGAAUAUCGAAUAUAGGCCCGCCUUAUUAAUGUAAGUAACUAUGAAUACGUCACGACAGCUCUAGGAUCAUAUCGCGGUACAUCUAAUCUAACCCUCCUAGACAGGGGUGCUUAUUUCCUCCGAUUCUAUUACACUCCUCUAGAUGAAAGCCAGGAGUGGUUGAUAACGCGUAAACGAUUUUCCACCAUGGUAUCGUCGCUAUAUUUUGUUUCUUUUGAUAAAAUGAUAUGUCUGUACCAUUAAUGAUGAACGUCGAUUUUACAUAGAUCUAUAUGUACAUAACGUUUGUUACAUUGGCUGUUCUCGCUGCCCAGUGCUAGCUAGCUUCUGUCUCAUGUCGAUGUUCGAGGAAAUAUCGUCGCUUGUUAAGAUAUUAUAUAACACUCAUAAGAAACAUUGUUUGUUAUGGUCAAAUUAACUAAUCAAAAAGAAUGUCUGUAGUAUGGAUAUCUCCGUGUCCGGAUUUUAAUCCGGUCAUCCGGUCUGGUUUUUACCUUCACUGUCUGGCCACUCGGAACUCCUCGAGUCUUACGACACAUGACCUCGGAUGUGAUGGCCGAUGAAGCUUCCAUUUCUAACUGGUAAAAUCACAUAUCAUAAAUAACAACAACUAUGCCGUUUGGGAGUAAAUUAAAUUAUUUAAUGUUUUAAGUAUAUACAUGAUUAUCAACACACCUAUCACAUCCUAGGUAUUAUAAGCACAUCCAAGGAGAUUCGAUUUUCUGCAUAGCAUUCGGAACUCCGAGAAUGUGACCAGUGCCAUACCCAAGGACUUCCGAUUGCCUGUCUAGCGUGAUAUCUGUAAUGACGUCACCUAUUAGUCACAUAUCCCCAACACUGAGGAGUAAUCUAUAUUUUAAGAUAUGAAAAUAUGCAAGCAGAUUAGAAAGUCGUAGAAUGUGUUUUCAAAAUUAAAGUCAUCUUGAGCUGAA